CCCCCUCACUGAAUAACAUAGGAAGUGGCUUACUUUGAAAGCAGUUUACACACCAGCUAAGGAGGCAUGGGAAAGUUUUGUUUUGACAAGAUUGUCUCGCUUGUUACAUUUUAAUGAACAAAUAGGAUAUGGGAGCACUGUAUAUUCUUCUAGCAGCUGGUCUGCUGCCAGGCGUAGUGCUUUCAAAUUAUGUUAUUAGCAUAGACCCGACUAAAGAUAGAAAACCGAUGAAGCAUUUCUGGAAAAGCACCGGAUUUUGCCCUCCUUUACCACAUAAUCAUUCAGAAACCUAUUUUUUGGGAAAAGACCAAAGACUGAACCUGGCAUAUAUAUCUUCAGUCCCUCAUGGUGGCAUCAAGCAAGUCCGAAUGCACUGGUUACUGGACCUAAUUACGUUUAACAUGAUCAAUCAAAUUCCUCAAUAUAAUUUCACAAAGCUGGAUGAACUCAUGGAUCUUCUGAUGGAAAAUGACCUGGUGCCAGGCUUCGAGCUUAUGGGAAGCCCAUCUGGAUAUUUUACUGAUUUUGAAGAUAAAGUGCAGGUGAAAGAAUGGCAACAUCUAAUCUAUUCAACAGCAAGAAGGUACAUAGAAAAAUAUGGAUUAUCUCAUGUCUCAUCAUGGAACUUUGAAACAUGGAAUGAGCCAGACAAUCAUGAUUUUGACAAUGUGUCUUUCACAUUGACAGGUUUUCAGAACUACUAUGAUGCCUGCUCAGAGGGCCUCAAACAAGCAAGUCCUCUUCUAAAAUUUGGGGGACCUGGGGAUUCAUGCAGAUCGCCACCAAGGUCACCCAUCUGUUGGGGUCUUCUGAGACACUGCUUUAAUGGGACUAAUUUUUUCACUCAGGAGACAGGUGUUAGGCUUGACUAUAUCGCUCUACAUAAAAAGGGAGGUGGAAAUUCAUUUCCCAUUUUGGAGCAAGAAAUCAACACUGUUUCUGAAAUUCAAACACAAUUUCCAACGUUCAAGUCGGUCCCUAUAUACAAUGAUGAAGCAGACCCACUGGUUGGAUGGUCGACACCACAGACAUGGAGGGGGGAUGUCACAUAUGCUGCCAUGGUAGUAAAGGUAAUAGAUGAACACUUAGACUACAUGCUGUCAAAUGAUAGUCAAAGAAUGAACUACAGCUUGCUAAGUAACGAUAAUGCCUUCAUGAACUAUUACCCUCACUACUUUACUCAGAGGACACUGACAGCAAGAUUCCAGAUGAACAACACUAAGCCCCCGCAUGUCCAGAUGGUGAGAAAACCAGUGCUGACUGUAAUGGGCUUGCUGGCAUUAUUAGGUGAAGUACAUAUUGCCACACAAAUAUACAUAGAUGAUAAUAAGUCCAUCAAUGAUAGUAUUAUUGGAGUAAUAGCAAGCACACAUGAUCCUGAAAAAGACAUUCAGUCUGACAGUUGGCAAUCAACCAUACUACUUUACGCAUCUGAUGAUAACAAAACGUCUACAGAUAUAACGUUUUUAACAUUAAAUUUCGCAAAUUUCCCCAAAUCAAAAGAUCUUUUGUAUGUAAUAUAUUACAUUGAUAAUGCAUUAACAAACCCAUUUCUGGAAUGGCAAAAGGUUGGAAGUCCAGACUUCCCAACUGCGAAAGAAUUUAAACAAAUACGUGAUUCAGAGGACCCAAUCAUGGAAGAGCCAACUGCAUUCCCCAAAAAAGGUCAUAUGAUUCUGAAAGUAAAACUUCCAGUACCAUCUGUGCUUCUUAUUCACAUAUGUGAACAACCUCAAUCUCCGCCUGGAAGGGUCACCCAUCUUCGUAUCAUUCCACUUUUUAGUGGGCAGGUAUCAGUUGUUUGGAGUGAUGAGCUGGUAAUAUCCAGAUGUUUGAAAACAUAUGAAGUUGAAUAUUCAUCAGAUGGCCUAAUCUUCAACCAGAUAAAUACAAGAAAUAUUAUUUUUACUUUGUUCUUAUAUAGUCCAGACACAGCCAUAGUAUCUGGAUACUACAGAGUCCGUGCUGUUAACUUCUGGAACAUACCAGGUCCCUACAGUCUUUCAGUGAUGUACAGUUAGUUGAAAAUAAUGAUCACAAAGCCUAAAGAUUUUUGAAAUGGUCUCUGAUGCACUGUUUUGAAUAUUGUAAAUCAUAUUUUUUAAUUUGUGUAACUCGUCUCUAAUUUUGUUAAAUAAAAUGUUCAGAAAAAUCCAUGAA